AUGGACAGGGACAGCAGCAGCCAUACCCCGUCGGUUCCGAGCCAAGCCAGUUCUGGCAGCACGCCUCAGGGAACCACCGGUACACAGUCUUCCCAUUCACAGAACCACCCUACGCCCGUUGCGUCGUCCUCAUCUUCCACAAAGCCACAAGCUGGCAACACGCAGAAUUCAAAGCGGAGGAGAGGCCUCGGCGUGGUCACCCCCAAUGCCUGUACAGAAUGUCGAAAAAAGAGAGCAAAGUGCGACGGCCAGAGGCCGUGUGGGCGCUGCAAGGCUCAAAAGGAUGUCGACUGUGUAUACGAAAUUCCUGUUCGCCAAUCCAAAGAAAAUCUUCGAACGGAGAUUGAGAGCCUCCGCGUUCGCCAGCGGUCAAGCGAUCAAGUUUUUGCUGCCCUGGUCCGACCAGAUCUAUGGGAGGAAGUACUGCGGCGGCUCCGCGGGGGCCAGUCCGUAGAAAAUAUAUCCGACUGGCUAGGCACCGCAUUGUCUUCCGAUAUAAGUGGUGAUCAUGUCAUUGGCCCAGCUUCAGGCUCCGGCUUUGGGGCCGGCCCUUCCCGCAGCAUAGGCCAGCUGUCUCUGGGAGUCGAUACCGGGGCGGCUCAGCAACCUGGUAUACGAGGCGACGUGCAGCAGAACAGUCCGUGGACAAUAAGCCAAGCAGGCUCGACGAGAAGCAACUCAUACACGGAUGCGAUGAAUUGGACCUCGGAUAAUGCGCCCGGGCCUCCGCAGACGAGAGUAGGCUCAUGGGCGGAGACCAUGCCGCCAGACCAUAUGUCUGACUCUGCUAUGCCUAGAUAUAGGGGUCUUGAACAAGUUCUGUCAUUUAUGGAUGAGUCAGAAAUCAAAACACCUCCUCAAUCUUGGACAAGCAUCACUGGCGACAUAAAUCUAGUCCAACAUCUCCUUGCCUUGUACUUUUGCUGGGAAUAUCCCACGUUCGCCUCACUAAGUAAAGAACACUUUCUACAGGACUUUCAGGAUGGACGCCAGAGAUACUGCUCCCCAAUUCUCGUCAACGCUCUCCUGGCUCUGGGGUGUCGAUUCUCAACACAUCCCAUGACGCGGGCGAACCCCAAUGAUCCCUACUCGUCAGGUGACCAUUUCUUUAAAGAAUCCCAAAGACUAUUCAACCAGGAGACGGAUCACCAUACCUUGACUACCAUUCAGGCUCUGGGCAUCAUGUCCAUUCGAGAGGCGAGCUGUGGUCGGGAUUCAGAAAGUUGGUAUUAUGCCGGCCAAAGUAUACGACUGGCUGUGGAGAUGGGACUGCACCAAAUCCAGGACGGUUUGGAUGAGGAUGAGCUGGCCGUCCAAGCGGCAACAUUUUGGGGGGCCUUUGCACUUGACCACAUGUACUAUCACUUUGCGAUACUUCUUCUAUUCCGUCCCCUAAUCAAACUGCGCAUCAUUGGGUCAAAGAUCCUUCCGAAGGAUGUGUGUUCCCAGGCAGCCGACGCGAUCCAGGGCCUCCUCACCUCAUACUCACAAUUAUACACGCUCCGUCGUACACCUUCCUUUGUGCCAUAUUUCGUUCUUACGGCCUCGAUAAUGCACCUCGCCAUUGCUGCGUCAACUGCAGUCGACGUCAACCCGGGCAAAGUCACACCUGCGGACAUCAAGAAGGCAGUCAAGGUCGAUUCUCGCGUGUCAGAAGUGCUCAAGAAAGGCAUCGCCGAUUUGACCGAAAUGGCGCCGUGCCACCAUUUUGCAGAACAGGCACUCAACAUUCUUCGGUAUCUUGCAAAGAAGUGGAGCAUCGAGGUUGAUUUCGACAACAGUAACCUGACGCCGGAAGAUUACGACCGGUUGGUGCGGCCAUAUACCAGCAGUUUGAACUUUUUCGCUCCCAACGUUGGCGUGGAGGACUUUAUCUGUGACUGGGGCUCAGGCAAUCGGCUGGUGGGAAGUGAGCAGGGCAGGCAAGUGGAAAAGGCGGCGGAGAGCUUGCAGAACCCGUUGUUUUGGCCGUUCCCAAUGCAAGGCCGACCAAUAUUGCCAACCGGGAAGGAGCUGGAGCAGGCUGGGUUCGCCUUGUUGAAUCCGGAGUCGCGUGCCGUCACCCCUUACUUGCCUCCGACUCCGAGCCGCGAGCGAAACGACGACGACGACGGCAUUUCACAGCCCAAACAAGGCAGCAUGCCUGCUCCCGCCGCGCCUGGGGCCCAGAGACCGCGGCCCAGCGUCGGCCAGAUCCUCUCCAUGCCGCCGCAGUGGCUGGCCAUGUACGACGACUUCAUCACAAAGAAUGCCGGACAGGUGUCGCAGAUUGAGAGCGCCCUGCGGAGCCUGACGUACAUUAUCCCCGGCCCAGGCCGCUUCCGCGAUGCCGAAAUCGCGUCCGAGUCAAUACACUCGUUUGUGCAGCUCCUCUCGCUGUACCACGACGGGCUGCUCUCGCGGGCGGUGUCGCGGCUGGCCGUGCCGCGGCUGCGGACCGCCCACGCUCGCUACACGCGCUUCUGGUCGCAGAGGAGCAAGCUGUACCGCCGCGUCGCCAUGGUGCUCCAGACGGUGAUUUACACGGAGCUGCUGUGCGAGAUGGCGGCCAAGAGGAGGGGCGGCGAGCGCGCCCGGUGGAAGGUCGUGGUGCUGGUGGAGGGCAUCAAGGCCGCGUGCAGGCUGCUGCUGCUGCAGGUCACGCGGUCGCGGCCGCUGGUGACGCCCGCUCUGCCGGAGAGGGAGCCUAUUCCCGACGACGACGACGACGACGAGGAUGGGGAGCCGGGGCGCGAGGGCGAGCUGCUGGACGGGGCGUCGCCGCACGGCCUGUCCGCGAUGGACGCGAAGCCCCCCCACGAGCGGGAGUGGAAGAUGCCCCGGACGGGCAUGAGCCUGCCGUCGCUCCCGGACCCGGGCGACAUCAGCUCGUACCUGCUGGGCCGGGUGCUCGCGGCCGACGACAUCAAGCCGGCGAACAAGCUGCUCAACCGGCUGCGCGGCGCGUCGCGGGCCGCCGAGGUGCUGCACAUUCUCGCGCCGCUCGUCUACGCCGUCGCCCUCGCGCGCAGCAGGGACAGGAAGUCGUGGACGCCGUGGGCGGUUGGGCUGGCCGUGGACUGCGCCGCGCGCCAGCUCCGCGACACGAGCCUGCGCGCGACGGCGCUCGAGAGGGACGAGUGGCAGCGCCGCGGCUGGGCCAUGGCCUGGUGGGCUAUGAGGGGCGCCUUUUACGACAAUGUCACCAGCGGCGUCGUCGGCGCCGUCACCAGGCGCAUGCCCGGCUUUGUCGCCGGCAUCUUGGAGGACUACGAGUACCUGUGGGAGAACUACUACUUUAGCACCAGCGCGUAG